CCAGAGAGAGAGAGAGAGAGAGGAGGCGAGAGACUGUGUGCAGUCAGUGUGUGUGUGUGUGUUUGAGGGGGUGUAUGAGCACAGGAAUAAUCGCAGGAAAGACACAGAGAGAGACAGGCGGUGUGGAUUCUGUUCUGCGGUAGCUGUUGGGCUCUUGCCUCCUGUGAGGACUGUGCUUUAUACCAGGAGAGACGCAGCAGAGGACAGAAGAGGGUUGAUGGAGGGAAGCUAUUAAACCCAAAGUGCGAACGCUCUGCCGGACCUCUGAAUCCAAAGACAAAGACGCAAAGGUAGAAGGAUAAAGAGGUGGCAUGAAUAAGGAAAGAAACUGACUGUAGGUUUGCCAGAAAAUGAGAAGCAAAAUAAGGGACAGGUUGAAGAAAUGAUGCAUUGGUUCAAAAUUGAAGAUUGAACCUCAACUGACAAAACAGGACAAGCCUCUGUGUAUUAAAAAAAAAAUGUUUCAGUUAAUCUGUAUUCAUCUGUCCGUUCAUGCUGUCUGGGAAAUCUUCAGAUGAUUUGGAGGUUAAGAAAAUACUGGAUUUUUUUUGCAUGGUCCAGCUGUGAGCAAGACUUCUCGUAGUUCCCCUAGUAGAUAUCCAACAGGACAAGGGUUGUUUAUUUAUUAGGUGGCCAGGCCAGAGGCACAAGUGCCAGCAUGCACAUGUCAGAAAUGAAUUUGGUCAAAUGCAUGGUUGUAAAGAGGUUAACUGCUAUGCAUCAUUGUGGCAAGACAUCUUCCCUAGUGAAGCAUCAUUAGAGCACAUAUGCCAUUGACUGAGGCUCCAGAAGGUAUUAAUUGCAUUGCAGGAAAUUACUGAAGUGCAUCUGAAAGAUAUUGAAUCAGAAGUUAAAAGUGAUUAUACACUGCUAAGGACUGUGGGUGGACCUCUGUUGGACUUUAUUGGCUUGUGGACCAAAGACCGCUGCCAUCUUCUUAAGUUCCUGUUUUAAAAAAAUCUAUACUCCUUUUCAUCAAAAAAACAAAUAAUGGCCAUGUUUUAAUGAUUGUGGGCUUGUGCUUUACAACUUGCUGUCUUAUCACUUUUCUUACUUUGUGACUUCAGUCUUGUAAAAGUGGGGAUCAUUUGGCCCCUGGGGGUCCGGGCUGCGGCCCCGGCCCCGGCCCCCAAACCAAAAAUGCGUCGCUCAAGUACAGAUGAAACCCCAUACCACCGGAGUCCCUCUCUGGACAGCAAGGGCUCGCCGCCUCUGCGCUACAGCGGGGAGUACGAGUACCACAGCUCGCCCUUCGUCUUCGGCCUUCGUACCACACCGGGCUCAAAGAAAGCUACAGCCAGCUACACCACUGCACAUGGCCGGAAAUAUGUGGUGUUUUACCUCGAUCUGUCCUUCAUCUUCCUUCUAGAGCUGCGGCGCUGCAGGAUGGCUGAGGGCUGCCUGAGGGCCCUGAGAUACGGGAUGGUUUUCUUCAAUCUGCUCUUCUGGCUGGGCGGCUGUGGGAUUCUGGGAGUGGGAGUUUGGCUUUCCAUCACGCAGGGAAACUUUGCCACUCUCUCCUCAUCUCUACCAUCACUCUCCGCCGCCAAUCUGCUCAUCGCUGUGGGAAGCAUCAUCAUGGUGAUUGGCUGCCUGGGCUGUGUGGGCGCGGUCAAAGAGAACCGGCCCUUACUCCUGAGCUUCUUCAUUCUGCUGCUCCUGAUAUUAUUGUUGGAGAUUCUGUUCAUGGUUCUGUUCUUCGCAUAUCAAGAUCAGAUUGAUCUGUAUGCACAAAGCGACCUGAAGAAAGGCCUGCAUCUCUUCGGGACUGAAGGAAACAUCGGCCUGACCAACGCCUGGAGCAUCGUCCAAACCGACUUUCGCUGUUGUGGAGUGACCAAUCACACGGACUGGUUUCACGUGUACAAUGCGACGCGUGUGCCGGACUCCUGCUGUCUGGAGUACAGUGAUAACUGCGGUCUGGAGAAUCCUGGCACCUGGUGGACGGCUCCGUGUUACGAACGAGUGAAGGGCUGGCUGCAGGAGAAUCUGGUGGCUCUGUGGAUCUUCGCUCUGUGUACGGCACUAACACAGAUCCUGGGGCUGGUGUUCUCCAUGACCAUCUUCUGUCACGCCGUGAAAGUGGACACGUUCUAUGCAUAGAGACGCAUCUGAGAGCAGAACCAGACCAAGCACACCUGCAUCUGCACAUCUCUGCUUCUUCAUCGCUGUAGCAAUCAGAACGUAUUGCUGACACAUUGCUAUUUGCAACAUCAUUUUAUAAUCCAGAUCAACUGAAAGAGUAAAAACUGCUCUUUGUGAAUAUUUAAUGGACAGUUUUUUCUUUUUUCUGUUUUGUCCAUUUGUGAAGAAAAUACAGCAGUUUUAAAGAGGGACACCAGUAACUAAUGUCACAAUUUUAUAUUUGUAUAAUUUCAUAUUAAUACGUAUAAAAUGAAUAACCUGUUUAUAUUUAUUCAGAGUAAAUUUUAAAUAGAUUUAAAAGAUAUUUAGAUCACAUUUUGUACGUGACUUAUUCAAAAAGUAAUAGACACAUUUUAGUUGGGCAAAUUAAGUUCUUGCAGUAUGUAGGAAGAAGCACAAGUCUGUUCAGCAGAACCGUUUCAGUAAAAGUGCAAAAGCACAGUUUUAUUGCUUUGACUGUGCCCUGAAGAACUGAUUUCUGUGCCACCAAAACAGAAUAAAACAUCCAAACAGAUCUCAGUCUGCCCAAACAGAUUCACCACAAAUUCACGGUUGAGUCUCAAAUCUCUUCGUUUUUAUCACUAUUUGUAUAGUUUUAUCAUUUUGAACCUAACAAGCUUCUUUUUGUGAAAUGUCACACUUGAAAAUUAUGGAAGCAUUUAGCUAAAUUCAAUUUGAGAUUAAAAAAAUGUAAAUGUCAGUGUAUUCCUGUAUUUGAAUUUACAGUUCUUAUACCUAUGGGAAAUAAUGGGAAUAAAUAUGUACACAAUUCAGAAGAAUCAAAUUUAUGUGAUUUGCAUUUGCCAUUUUCAACACUACUGCUAACAUUACAUGCAUUCAGUUUUAUAUUACGAUAGGUUUCAUUUGUAAAUGUGGUAAGGACAGCUAAACUAUUGUGCAAAUGCAUUUACACUCAUAACUAAAAUGGUGUUUUCAUCAAUAGUUCAGAAUUCAUUGUGUUAGAGCAGUGGUUCCCACUCCUGGUCCUUGAGAACCCCCAACACUGCACGCUUUUGGUGUCUAUCUUAUCUGACACACACAUUUGAGGUCUUGGACCCUCCUUAACCCUGCCCCUUGGAGAGUCAUUGUCCUGCUAAAUUCAGUUCCAACCCUGCUCCUACACACCUGUCUGUAAUGGGCUAGUUCCGGCUGUGCUAAACACCAGUGCAGAGAACCGGAGAAAUUCAAAUAUUACCUUCUAUAUACACGUUUACAGGAUUUACAAUAUCACUUAAAAUGCAAAUAACAUCUACACCACUAUUAUUACUAUACUAUAAAUGUUAACUGAGUGCAUUUGAAACUUACACGUUUGGGUCCAGUGAAUGAAUGAAAUACAUAAUGUUCAUAAAAUGAAAGUUGAACAAGGUGUAGACACUCAGCUACACAAUGUCUUUUCCCCUUACCAAUUAUUUAAAUGUACAAAUUACUUAUUUCUUAUUAUUUCUUAUUAUUUACCUUGUGUUGUGAGACAUGGGCAAUACCCAUUUCUCAAUUCUGCAAAAAAAAAUCAUUUGGCUGUUCCAUCAUUUUCACAACAUUUUAAUAUUUAACAUUUUAA